UCCUCAGCAAAGCCGGUCUUGCGCGGCCUCAAGUUAAAAUUGUGCGGACAUCGGCAACUAUUUUAAAUCAAAAUACGCUACAGUGCGUGCGUGAUGCGUGCUUGAACGUGCUGGUUUUUUGGAUUUAUUAUUAUAUCAAUAUUUAUAUAUUGUUUAAUUAUGAAUUUAAGAAGAAGGCCAAGCUGAUAAUCAAUCAUGCGAUGCUUUAUCAUAGCAAUAAUAACAAGCAGUAUAUGCUUGGCACAAUCACAGAAUAUAUUUGAUUUUUGGACUGACAUAUUUCGUCCAAUACCUAAAAAUGCUGACGAAGGAUUCGUACCUGAUUACUUUCCCAAAGAUAAACAAGAAUUCGAUUUUAUAAUUAUUGGUGCAGGCUCUGCUGGCUGUGUUUUAGCAAAUAGAUUAUCAGAAAUAUCGAAAUGGGAUGUUUUACUCUUAGAAUCUGGUGGCAAUGAGAAUUUUUUCUCGGACAUACCAAUCUUUGCACCGUUUCUAUCUAUAACUCCAAUGAAUUGGGAUUAUAGUUCUGAACCCGAGAAAAAAGCUUGUAAAAGUUUAAGAGGAAACGUUUGUUAUAUGCCUCGCGGUAAAGUUCUAGGCGGGAGCAGUGUGUUGAAUUUCCUCAUUUAUCAAAGAGGGCAUCCUGAAGAUUACAAUGACUGGGCUAAAAUGGGAAAUGAGGGCUGGAGUUACGAUGAGAUACUGCCUUAUUUCAAAAAAUCUGAAAAUAUUAAAAUUCCUGAGCUUCGAAACUCAAGCUUUCACGGGAUUGGUGGCUAUUUAGAUAUAGAUCAUGCCACUUUUUCAUCACCUCUUGAACAAGCGUUUAGAAACGCAGGAUUACAGCUUGGCUAUGAGUGGAAUGAUCCAAAUGGAGAAAAAGUGAUAGGAUUUUCUAAGCCACAAGCAACUAUUCGAAACGGUCGACGAUGUAGUUCAUCGAAAGCUUUUCUAGAACCCGUACGUUUUAGAAGAAAUCUGAAGGUGUCUAAAUUCUCUACUGUGAAAAGAUUACUCAUUGAUCCAGAUACAAAAACAGCGGUAGGAGUGGAAUUUAUGAAGCAUAACAAAAGACGUCGUGUAUACGCCAGGAAAGAGAUAGUUCUUGCAGCAGGUACUAUAGGAUCCGCUCAACUUCUUAUGUUGUCAGGAGUAGGCCCAACAGACCAUCUUCGUGAAAUGGGAAUAGACACUUUAUUUGAUUCUCCAGUUGGUUAUAACCUGCAAGACCAUGUCACUUUUUCAGGCAACGCCUUUAUCGUUAAUGAAACUGGUCUAUGCGUUAAUGAUAUGCUAGCAGCCUCACCUGUAUCGGCUGCAGAAUAUUUAGCUGGUCAAGGUCCCUUGACCAUACCUGGCGGUGCUGCUGGUCUAGCAUUCACUCGUACUCAAUAUGCAAAUGACCUUAGUGAAGGACGACCCGAUCUCGAAUUGGUCAUGGGCGCAGGCUCACUCGCAGGCGACUUUCUUGGAAUCAUUCGAUCUUUAUUGGGAGUUACUGACGACUUUUAUUGGAGGGUCUAUGGAAAUUUACCACUUCAAGAAAGACAAAGAUCUUUCUCUCUCAAUCCGGUGUUGAUACGGCCACAAAGUUAUGGAAGAUUGUUACUUAGAAGCGCGAAAUUUGACGAUAACCCAAAAAUUCACCCCAAUUAUUUUGACCAUCCUGAUGAUAUAAAGGUUUUAAAAGAAGGCAUUCGUCUAGCUCAAAAAGUGAUUGGCACGCGGUCUUUCCAGAAAUAUGGGACGCGUUUAAAUAAUAUUCCAUUUCCUGGUUGUGAACAGUUACGCUUUGAUUCAGACGAAUACUGGGAGUGUGCAAUCAUGCAAACCUCUAUCACUUUGGACCAUCAAGUAGGCACUUGUAAAAUGGGACCAAAAGGUGACCCGACAGCUGUCGUUUCGCCACGGUUAUUAGUCAAUGGAAUCAAGAACUUAAGAGUAGCUGAUGCUUCCAUUAUGCCCCGAAUCCCUGCUUCACACACUCAUGCUCCAGUUGUCAUGAUUGCGGAAAAAGCAUCAGAUAUGAUCAAAAACGAUUGGGGAAUAUCUGUACAGGCUUUCUUUUGAAAAUUUUAACUAAUGCCCGCCUUUCACUGCGAGCGGAACGGACCCAUUACGGACUCCGCUAUACACGUAACGAUGAUUUUCAUACAUUUUCAUUUUCAUUUCCGUGGGCAACUCGGUCAACUCGCUAACCUCAUAUGUGACUCUUUCAACUCUCUCUCUCCGCUGCGCUCGUCUCCGCUUUGGUGGAAGCACAUGUAUGAAAAUCAUCGUUACGAGUAUAGCGGAGUCCGUAAUGGGUCCGUUCCGCUCGCAGUGGAAGGCGGGCAUUAAGACUGAAUAACGUGGUGCCACACGUAAACAAGCGUAAACCUAGCCCCUGAAAUGACAUUUUCUACUUACACUUCUAUUUUUUAAAUCAAACACCAUUCAUUCAUUUGUAAGAGUUGUUGUUGUUGCUUGUUAUUUGAAAGAAAUUAUUCAACUUCCCCUUUGUAAUUAUCUAGUCAUUUUAAUAAAAUUUUAAAUAUUGAA